UGACUUAACCCCGGCUCACUCGCUCAUGUGCCCAUGAGGAUAGGUAGGAUUAAACUGAGAGCAGGUUACUUUUGUUCUGUCUGGUCGCAGAGAUUCUUGUUCAGAUCCUUUGUUCCAUCUUCGCAAUUUUGUAGUGCCGUUAUGAAGACGCUUACAGUGACUGUAUCUUCUUCCCAGCCACCCCCAGUAACACUUCUUACUGUUGAACACCUCAAGGACAAAUGUCCUGUGACAGUAGAGUGGGGUGAAAAUACUUCUCUCAGGAUCUCUAAUGACCUUAUACUGAGCAGUGAUCAUACAAUUGCAAGAUAUUUGGCUCGCACGUAUCCUGCCCUGGGUCUGUAUGGAAAAGAUGCACUUCAAGCAUCAGAGGUUGAUCAUUGGCUGGAAUUUAGUGUAUGUAUGGAGAACCAGAAGGCCAACAGUAAGGCUCUGGAGUCCUUAAACAAGAGCCUUGCACCAGUUGCAUUCCUUGUUGGACACUCUGCGACACUAGCUGACUUUGCUGUGUGGGGUGCAUUAAAAGUGAAAGGCAAAGUUGAAACCCUGAUCCAGCCGGGUUGCCAUUUUGAUCAUAUUGCCCGAUGGCUGACAUUCUGCAGCGCCCAGCCACCGUUCUGCAAUGUUGCAGAUAAACUACCAAGUCAGACUCAUAGCGAUCCUUCUCAGUUGGGUACAAAAAUGAAGUCAGAAGGCAAGUAUGUCACUCUUCCUGGAGCUUCUCAGGGAAAUGUUGUGACAAGAUUUCCGCCUGAAGCCAGUGGCUACCUUCAUAUAGGCCAUGCUAAAGCUGCUUUGCUCAACCAGUAUUACAAGAACAUGUAUGAUGGCAAAAUGAUCAUGAGGUUUGACGAUACGAACCCUGCCAAGGAGAAUGCUGACUUUGAGAAGGUCAUCCUGGAAGAUCUCAAAAUGUUGAAGGUCAAGCCAGACAUGUUCACGCACACUUCAGACCACUUUGACACAAUCAUGGCGUUUGCUGAGAAAAUGAUCAAGGAAGGAAAAGCUUACGCGGAUGACACUCCUGCAGACAGAAUGAAGGAAGAGAGGGAACAACGCAUCAAGUCUGCCAACAGGGACAACUCGGUAGAGAAGAACCUCGAAGUUUGGGAAGAGAUGAAGAAAGGCACACAAUAUGGCCAGAGAUUUGCUCUGAGAGCUAAGCUUGAUUACCAGUCUGAAAAUGGCUGCAUGAGAGAUCCAACAAUGUAUCGUUGUAAACCGGAGGAACAUGUACGAACUGGAACAAAAUACAAAGUAUAUCCCACAUACGAUUUCGCUUGCCCUAUUGUGGACAGCAUCGAGGGUGUAACUCAUGCUCUGAGAACCACAGAGUAUCAUGACCGUGAUCCACAGUACUAUUGGUUUAUUGAACAGUUGGGCAUCCGAAAGCCAUAUAUUUAUGAAUUCAGCCGGCUCACACUGCAAAACACUGUCAUGUCCAAGCGAAAGCUAACCUACCUUGUCGAUCAAGGAUAUGUCGAGGGAUGGGAAGAUCCAAGAUUUCCCACAGUUCGUGGCGUGCUUAGACGAGGAAUGACUGUAGAGGGUUUGAGGGAGUUUAUCGUGUUACAGGGUUCAUCAAAGGCGAAUGUUCACAUGGAAUGGGAUAAGAUUUGGGCUCUUAACAAAAAGGUCAUCGAUCCCAUAGCACCAAGGUACACAGCUCUUUCGAAGAGUGGUGUUGUACCUGUGUUUAUCCCUGAAGCCAAAGAAGAGAUGAAAGAAUGCCCUUUACAUCCUAAGAAUCCCAGCGUGGGCAGCAAGGAAGUAUGGUACGGUCCAAAAGUGUUCAUCGACGGAGAGGAUGCUGUCACGCUGUCUGAAGGUGAAAUGGUCACGCUAAUUAACUGGGGUAACGUCAAGAUCACAAAGAUUAACAAGAAUCCUUCGGGAGGAGUGAAAUCAAUCGAAGCAGAACUUCACCUCGAUAACAAGGACUUUAAGAAGACAACCAAGCUGACUUGGAUCGCAGAGUCAGCCAAAGCACCGCUGCUUCCUACGAUCGCGGUCCAAUUCGAUGAUGUCAUCUCUAAGCCUAUUCUCACGAAGAAUGAUGACUUCAAGAACUAUAUCAACAAAGAUUCUAAGCAUGACACAGAAAUGCUUGGCGAUCCCGCAAUGGCUUCAUUAAAGAAAGGAGACAUAAUCCAACUCCAGCGGCGAGGGUACUUCAUUUGUGACCAGCCUUACGAGCCACCAAGUCGUUACACCGGCCGUGAAAGUCCGUGUAUCUUGUUCUCUGUCCCUGAUGGCCACACCAAACCGUCGCCAACUGGAGGGUCCAAAGUGAAAGAGGCAGGAGGCCACAAAAAGAGUGAAAAUAAGGGUGAUAGCAAAAAGAAAAACAAAGGAGAGAGCACCAAACCAUCAACCACAAUGAAUGGAACAGAUUUUGCCAAGCCUACUGCAUCUCCUGAACAAGUAGAGAAACUUAAAGGCGAAAUAACUGUGCAAGGAGACAAAGUGCGCAACCUUAAGUCUAGUGGAGCCCCAAAGGAGGAAGUUGAUGCAGCAGUUGCAGAACUACUGAGGUUGAAAGGAGAGUAUAAAAAUCUGACAGGAGAAGAUGUUGCUGGUGGUGGGAGGGGAAAGAAAGAGAAAAAGAAAGAUAGUGGAAAGGAAAAUGCCAAAAAAGAUUCAAAACCUGUUAAUAAACAGGAGAAAAUAGUGGCUGAGAAUGGUGAUACAGAAAGUGGAGCCAAGAAAAUCACUAGGCUCGGUCUAGAGGCUAAGAAGGAAGAGAACCUGAGUGAUUGGUUUUCUCAGGUCAUAACAAAGUCAGAAAUGAUUGAGUACUAUGAUGUUAGUGGCUGUUACAUCCUGAGGCCUUGGUCCUAUUCCAUUUGGGAGCGUAUAAGAGAUUUCUUUGACAGUGAAAUAAAAAAGCUUGGAGUGGAGAAUGUGUAUUUUCCAAUGUUUGUGUCUCAGUCAGCCCUGGAAAAGGAGAAAACACACAUUGCAGACUUUGCACCAGAGGUUGCCUGGGUAACAAAGUCUGGCCAAUCAGAACUUGCAGACCCAAUUGCUAUCAGACCAACCAGUGAGACAGUUAUGUAUCCAGCCUAUGCCAAGUGGAUCAAGUCACACAGAGAUCUGCCACUGAAACUUAAUCAGUGGAACAAUGUUGUGAGAUGGGAGUUCAAACAUCCUCAGCCUUUUCUGAGGACUCGUGAGUUUCUUUGGCAAGAGGGACAUUCUGCUUUUGCAACAUAUGAUGAAGCUGUUGAAGAAGUUUACACAAUUUUAGAUCUUUACCGUCAAGUUUACACUGAUCUCCUGGCCAUUCCAGUUAUCAAAGGAAAGAAAACUGAGAAGGAAAAAUUCGCAGGUGGCGACUUCACUACAACAGUCGAAAUCUACAUAUCAGCCAGUGGACGAGGAAUUCAGGGGGCGACGUCUCACCAUUUAGGACAAAACUUCUCUAAGAUGUUCGACAUUGUCUUUGAGGAUCCCGAUCCAACGAAACAGGACAAAAGAUUCGUGUACCAAAAUUCCUGGGGUCUUACUACGCGAACAGUUGGUGUCAUGACGAUGGUUCAUGGCGACAAUCAAGGACUUGUCCUACCUCCUCGCGUGGCGUCAAUUCAGACUAUUAUUGUUCCUUGCGGCUUAACUGUCAACCUCCCCGAAGACGAAAAGACCAAGCUCUUAGACAAGUGUAAACAAUUGGAGCAGAGGCUCAAAGCCGCUGGAGUGAGAGCCAAAGGAGACUACAGAGAUAAUUAUUCUCCAGGAUGGAAAUUUAAUCACUGGGAAUUGAAGGGUGUGCCUCUUCGUAUCGAAGUUGGACCUCGUGAUUUGAAGUCCGAACAAGCUGUUAUGGUACGGAGAGAUACUGGAGAAAAGCGUGUUAUCAAGCAAGCUGGUAUUGAGAAGGAAAUUCCAGAAACUUUGGAGCGGAUUCAUUCCGACAUGUACAAGAGAGCGAAAGACGACCUGGAUUCAAAUCUUGCUGUAGCUCACACUUGGACCGAGUUCAACGCAAUGCUGGAUAAACAAAAGAUCAUCCAAGCGCCGUUCUGUGGCGACGGGACCUGUGAGGGAAAAAUUAAGAAGGACAGUGCAAGGGACCAAGAUUUGGAACCUGGUGCACCAUCAAUGGGAGCAAAGAGUUUGUGCAUUCCCUUCGAUCAACCCCUGGAGAUCACCGCUGACACGAAGUGUGUAUACCCUGGAUGCGACCAGACACCAAAAUGUUACACGCUUUUUGGCAGAAGUUACUAGGACUUCGUUUCCUUCCAAAGAAUUAUUGUCUUCUCCAAGCAACCUUAAACUCAAUCAAUGAAUUUUGUCUCCACAAUCUUCCAGUCUUCUAAUGUGGAGGGAAUUGAGCUGUGCAGUUUUUAUGUACGGGUCUCGGGGCUACUUGAAGCUCCUAGUUUACCAGAAUCGAAACCAGUCUUAGCAAGUUUCAAAAGAAUCGUAGCGAGUUUAUUGAAUUCCAGGGAAAGUAGGUAACUUUUGGCAUCGUGCGCCAAAUAACAUACCUUUUAGAGGGAAAUUAGAAUCUCUAUGAAAGGAAAAAUACGGUAAAUCGCGCAGUCAACCUGAAGAGAGACGAGACACUUGUAGCCAAGGGAAGCUUUGGUAGUUCAUGAGAAGGAAUACUUGGUUUUGACACUGUAUCCUGCUCUACGCUAGUUGUUAGACAGUACUAGUUAGCUACUUCAAUCUUCUCAUACUUUGUCCCUCCCUGCGAAGAUCUUUAGCCUUGGAGCUCAAAUUGUAGCAGAAGUUUAGAAACUACGAAGUGACAUUGAAGCCGAAGGCGAUAAUAAAGAUUUCAGAGCUAAAACGAUAUUGUAAACUUUAAGCUUCUAGUAGAUGUACUUUGUCUUUUUCCGUACGUAGAUCCUAUUGCUCGGAGCACAAUUUGUAGUAGAAGCCAGUACCUAAGAAAUGACACUGAAGCCGAAGGCGAUAAUAAAGAUUUUAGAACUCAAA